GGCCAACGGCGGCUCUUCCGGGUCGAGCCCGUGGACCCCUGAGCUGCAGCCCUGCUCACGGGGGGCGCGAUCCCGGGCAUGCCUCUCCGCGCACCUGCGUGCCGAGGAGGCGGGGCUCGGAGACACCGUCCCGCCUGCUGCGGCUGCUCUGCCUCGCGGAACCGCGGGGACAGCGCCGGGUUGCAGCUGGGGGGUGGGGGGAUGGCUGGGAGCUCCGCUCCGUGAGUACGCGCGGGCUGGGCUGCAGGACCGGCGUGGAUUCUUCCUGGACUGGGGAGUGUGUCCUGAGGUGAGAGACGGCCAGGGCAGCUGCUGCCCAUGCCCAGCGUCCUGGCCGGACCUCUGUUCCUACCGCCUCACCGCCUCAGAGAUGGACUUGCCUGGGGGGUGCCCUCCUACCCUGACCGCCCUCUGGGGCCAGGACUCUGCCUUCAGGAAGGCUUCCCCAGAUCCCGGUGCUGGGGACUUGAUUAGCCUAUGACUAAUCAAGCCUAUGACUUGGUAAGCCGCAUGGGUUACUGCCUGUCACCCCUUCAUGGCCUCUGUCUGCUCAGAGGGCGCUCCUGACCACAACAGUCAUGCGGGCCGCCUGACCCCCUUCCCAGAGGUCCCCUCAGGGAUGACAGGUGCAGGGCAGCCUCCAGCAGGAAGACCCCACUCCCGCGCGGCAGUGCGCCCACAGUCCACAGGCCUACAGACUCUCAGCUGUGGCUCAGUUUUGCGCCUGUGGCAGACACAGUGGCCCAGUACUUCCUGCUGACCAUGGAGCAGGUCAACUGGCUCUCCAUGGUUUUCCUCGUGGUGUCCAUACCGUGUAGCCUAGCAGGCAUCUGGGUUCUGGACUCCAUUGGGCUCCGUGAGGCGAUGCUCCUGGGCGCAUGGCUCAACUUUGCUGGGAGUGGGUUCCGGGCCCUGCCUAGCGUGGCCACUGGGAUCCCCAGCCCAUUCGCCUUCCUCAUGGCUGGACAGAGCCUGUGUGCCCUGGCCCAGACUCUGAUCAUCUUCUCCCCAGCCAAGCUGGCUGCCCUGUGGUUUCCGGAGCAGCAGCGGGCUACAGCCAACAUGGUUGCCACCAUGGCAAAUCCCCUGGGCAUCCUCGUGGCCAAUGUGUUGUCCCCAGCUCUGGUCAAGAAGGGGGAGGAUAUCCCUAUAAUGCUUGGUAUCUACAUCAUCCCUGCUGGCCUUGCCUGCCUGUUGGCCUCCACCUGCCUCUGGGGGCAGCCCUCUGCCUUGUCCUGGACCAUGGCUCCUGGCUCCCCCUCAGGGUCUUUCCUGCAGGGACUGAAGCAGCUGCUCCGAAAUAAGGCCUACCUGAUCCUGGCUGUAAGCUUUGGGGGUGGCGUGGGCGUCUUCUCCAGCUUCCUGGCGCUCCUGGAGCAGAUCCUGUGUGCCAGCGGCUACUCCAGUGAGUUCUCGGGCCUUUGUGGGGCCCUGUUCAUCGCAUCUGGGAUCCUGGGGGCACUAGGUCUGAGCCUCUAUGUGGACCGGACCCGGCACUUCACUGAGGCUGUCAAGGUGGGCUUCUGCCUGACCUCCAUGGCAUGCGUGGCCAUUGCACUGGUGUGUCGGCUGCCUGGGCAGUGCCUGGCACUGGCCGCUGCCUGUUCUCUCUUUGGGUUCUUUGGCUUUGCAGUGGCACCAGUGGCCACGGAGCUGGCAGUUGAGUGCUCCUUUCCUGUGGGUGAGGGGGCAGCUGCCGGCCUGGCCUUCAUGCUGGGGCAGGUGGAGGGAGCGCUGACUACAGUGCUGAUGUCCACCCUGGCUGUGCAGCGUCCACGGCCCUCAGUGUCCACCUGCCGGCCUGGUGAGGACCUGCUCGACUGGACAGCAUCCCUGCUACUGAUGGCCGGUGUGUGCACCCUGUUCACUUGUGUGCUGGUGCUCUUCUUCCGCUCCCCAUACCGACGCCUGCAGGCCACGUCCGGCGAGUCCUCCUGCAGCCAGGACAUGUCAGCAGCCCCAGCUGGGGUGCCACAGGGAGCUCCAGGUGGCCUCUGAAGGCCUGAAGCUGCAGGGAGGGGGCGACAGCUCUGGCUUGGCGGGGGGAGGUGGGACCUGCAGCCCUCACGGGGUCCAGUGGGCUAUUGGAGUCAGAAUGUGUCAGUGCCUGCCCAGUAGGGCUCCCCAGGCGCAGAGCCCUGACUCUGGGGGCUCAGCAGGGGCGUUCACAGUGCUGCCUGAGGCCUCCUUUGGAGCCCCCAGUGAGCAAGAAUGUUUUAAAUAAAUAGUAAACCUUAAAAACAAAACAAAACAAAGACCAUGCCCAUGACCCUGGUGACCUCAACUGCCAGCCCCACCCAGGGUCUGGGGAUGGGCUCUGUGGCCAGGGAUGCAUUUGGCCAACCACAGGUUAUUGAGGGGAGCAUCCCAGCAGUCUGGGGAUAUUCUGGAGGGAGGUCCCCUCCUUCAACUCCUGGACCUGGAGGCAAUGCUGGAGCAUCCCCUGCAUGUCCUCUAGCCUGGGUUGGAGUAAUGGGGGACAUGGGAUAUUGGGGAGUGUGUUGGUCCAUCCCCUACACAUCCUCUGCUGGGACAUGUGGGGUAAAUUAUCCUCAGCAAGUCCUUUGGUCUGGGGCAUGGUGAGGGGUGGGGGUGGGGCGAGCAUGAGGGCCUGGGAGGGGCCUGCACCUGGCCCUGGAGCCUCUCUGCUUCCCUCAGCACUCAGUGUUAAUAUCUGGGUAGUAGGACCUGCACAUGACCCUGCUCGUUGCAAGGCUGGGCCUCCAUGUCUUCUGUGGCUCCCCGACUGGCGGCCCUACUGGUCCCAAUACGAUACCCAGGCCCAGGGAACAGACACAGUGGACAGGGUGUGUCCCCGGGAAGAGUGGCAGAUGCUGCUCCACACCAUGGCGGGACUUCCAGCAGGAUCCCCGGGUAGUUGCAAGGGAGGGAUUCAGGAAUGCAGCAGCAGCCCAAGCUCCAGCUGUAGUCAGGUCUGAGGCCGACAGGAGACAGCAGCCCAUAGCAGGGGUCCUCAGUGUCCUUUCCAGGGGCGCCUUCCCCACUAGCACCCGAGGCAGGAGCCUGCCGGCUGGUGGGGU